AGUUAACAGCUAACAGGCUAACAGCUAGCAGCAGGUCCUGGUCCGAACCGGUCCACGAUGCAGGCCGAUUUCCGGACCCCACGCAGACGGACCCGGGUCCACGAGGCGCGCGAGGCUCCGCUGCCGCUGAACGCUCACUUCCGGUCUGACCUCAUUAACCAGCACGUGCUGGUUUCUGAUCCAGACCAGAUCCACCAGAUACACAACCAGGGUUUCUUCGGGAAGGGGGUUCUCUCCAGAGCCAGACCGGACCACAGCCUCUCCGACCAAUGGGAGCAACAUGAAGGUCUGUUUCUACCCAUCAUGCCCCAGUCCAGGUACGACGAGCUGCUCAGGUGGGCGGGGUCUCUCCUCUCGGCUCGGGGAUUGGACGAAGAAGCUGUCAAUCAAACUCUGCUCAGACUGUCUCAGCCAGUAGAGACGGAAGCUGUGAGGAAGGAGGCGGAGCCAGAGCCAGAGGGAGGAGCCUCUCCUCACGCUAAGAGGCCGCGGCCGGGGUCAGAAGUCGAGCCGGGGUCAGAGGUCGAGAGAAGCUGCUGGUUGGACCCUGAUCCUGAUGGUCUGGUUCCAGGUCCUGGUUUUGUCCUGGUGGUCUCUGAUGCUGAGGCAGGCGGGGGGGCCGGGGGGGCGAGGCAGGUGAGGCGGACCCCGUUCUCCCUCACAGAGUACCUGCAGCUCAGCCUGGAGGAGACCUUCUUCCUGGUCUACAGCCUGGGCUGCCUGUCUGUCUACCUGCACCAGGAGCCCCUGUCAGUCAUCCAGCUGUGGAGGAAGUUCCGGUCUCUGCGGCCGGACUUCGUCAGCUCGUACGCAGCCUAUCAGCACUGCCGAAGCCGGGGGUGGGUCCCUAAAGAAGGGGGAGGGGCCAAGUACGGCGCCGACCUCGUGUUGUACAGGAAAGGUCCACCUUUCUACCAUGCCAGUUACUCAGUGGUGGUGGAGCGGGUUGAUGGUGCGUUCAGGGGCUCGGCGUUGCGUCCGUUUUCGUGGCGUUCUCUGGCGGCUCUCAGCAGGAUCACCGCUAACGUGUCAAAGGAGCUGAUGAUGUGUUACGUCAUCUAUCCCACCGACCUAUCAGAGGAGGAGCUGAACUCACCUGAGUGUCUGAGCAGACUGAAGGUUCAGGAAGUGAUCAUCAGCAGGUGGGUUUCCUCCAAAGAACGAGCGGAGCAGGACGACAUCUGAUUGGCCGACAGGAGGCCAGUGUUAGGACCACCACCUACACCACCCAGCCUACCUACACCACCUACUCCACCCAGACCACCUACACCACCCAGCCUACCUACACCACCUACACCACCCAGCCUACCUACACCACCUACACCACCCAGACCACCUACACCACCUACACCACCUACACCAACCAGCCUACCUACACCACCUACACCAACCAGCCUACCUACACCACCUACACCACCCAGCCUACCUACACCACCUACCUUCUUCUCUUAUUUAUACACAUGUACAGUCUCCCCAGGAUCAAUGAUUGUUAUAUUCUGCAUCAUUUCCAGCUUUCUGUUAUA